CGAGAGACGUGUGACGGUACUUCGGUACAGUCGGUUGCCACGUAGUGGCCGCGGUGCAUUUGCGUCUAUGCACGUCUGCUCGCAGUUCGUCUAUACGUAGUUAUUACACAGUGCCGUUUUUUCACAAACAUCUUAUAGGCUCAAGCCUUUUUGUCGACCACCCAUAAAGCUAUAACGACGCGAGUCACUCGCACACAACAAAUAACCAAAAAAUUUCCGUUCCCAACCAUCGCGGGCGCCAUGUCCGCGACGCAGCUGCUUAUCGAAACGGUGGCCGGCUGGUGGACGGUCGGGGUGCUGACGUUGUUAGUGGCCGUGGCGUACCACUUCUCCACGUCCACGUUCGGCUACUGGCGCGAUCGAGGCGUCCCGUACGUGAAGCCGACGGUACCGCUGUUCGGAAACAUCGGCGGGUUGGCCCUGGGCAUCGAACACCAGGCGCGCAUGUUCAACCGGAUCUACGACGGGUUCCGCGGUCACCGGUACGGCGGGUUAUACCAGAUGCGCACGCCGCACCUGAUGAUCUGCGAUCCGGCGCUGGUGAACCGCGUGCUGAUCGGCGACUUUGCGCACUUCACCGACCACGGCAUGUACGCGGCUAGCCCGGAGGAGAAUCCGCUGGCCAACGGGCUGUUCAACAUGAACGGCGCCCAGUGGAAGAUCAUGCGGCAAAAGCUGAGUCCCGUGUUCACCGCCGGCAAGCUGAGGCACAUGCGCGGACAGGUGGCCGAGUGCAGCGAGCAGCUGAUGCGCAACGUGGCCGCGGACGUGACGGCCGGCGGUGGCCAGAUGGAGAUCCGCGACGUGCUCGGCAAGUACUCGACCGACGUGAUCGGCACGUGCGCGUUCGGACUGCACUUGAACGCCAUCAACGACGAGCGGUCCUCGUUUCGCAAGUACGGCAAGGCCGUGUUCGCGCCGUCGAUCCGCGUGCUGCUCAAAGAACUGGCCUGGAUGGUGACGCCGGCGCUACGACGCGCGCUCCGAAUCAGCGACAUCCCGCUGGACGCCGCGCAGUUCUUCACCGCCGCGUUCACCGACACGAUGAAGUACCGACAGGAACAMGGCAUCGUCAGGGAUGACGUCAUGCAGUCGCUGAUCCAGGCCAGAACCGACCUGGUCGUCAACAAGACCGAACCGUCAGUCGACAUGACGAUGCGUUUGACAAACGAGGCACUACCAUUAGCCAAACCUCACAUGUCUCGCGAUCGGCGAUCUGGAUUAAUUCGGAUCAAUAAUUUCACCGUUUUUACCUUAAAUCCUCAUCCUCAUCAACAAUUAAAAAAAAAAAUACAUUUAUCACGUACUACAGUCGUUGUUCACAGACAC